GAGACUGGACUAAACAGCUACCAGAACUCUUAAACAUGGUUAGAGUUGUGUUCAUAGCUACGAGGAGGGACUGGGAGAGAGUCUGAGUGAGUGGAGAACAGUAUAAUUUGUACAACAUAGGAGGGAAGCCAGAGAGAAGAAUGAGGAAUCUGAUGUCUGUCAACAUCAGCCUCCUCUGUGCUGUGAUCUGUGUGAUGUCAUCAGUGAUCACAAAGAGAGGGACAGAAGGAGGAAAUGACACCAUUCAGUGUCCUUAUGACCGGGGGUUUGAGACACACCAGAAGUACCUCUCUAAAGGGAUCUGGGCCUACCGGGUUGAUGUGAUCAAAACCCAAACCCAUCAGCACCCAGCGGUGACUCAUAAAGGGAGAUUCUCUCUGUAUGACGACACAGAGAGAAGAGUCUUCACUGUGACCAUCACUAACCUGGUCCUAGAUGAUUCAGGGACCUACUGGUGUGAAAUAAACACAUGGUGGUGGUAUAACAAGACUGAAGUCAGGAUCACUGUGGACAGAGCUCCUGUUCCUCCCAACCCUGGCUCCAUCACCUCCAGAUAUCUCCUCUCCACGACACACCCAUCAACACACAUCACGAUGCCAACUGACUCCUCAAACUCCACAGCAGGUGUUGUGAUGUUCUCUGGUGGUGUUCUGGGUGUUGUUCUACUACUGCUGGGUCUGCUGCUGUUCAUGUUCUUCAGACAGAGGAGAGACAGAGACAGGAGACCAACAGCAUCCAAACACUCUGCCAGCCUGUUGAUACCUGACUCCAUGACAAUCAACCAAGAUCCAGACACAGGAACCAUCACUAACCCCAUCUACGCCACAGCAAUCAAUCAGAACCCAGAUUCAGCCUGUGACAUCACCACCAUCUAUACCAACACAACCAAUCCUCGUCGAGAUGACAUCCACUUCAACGUUGGUCCGUCUACAGAGGUUUCAGACAAUGUGACGUACUCUACUGUCAACUUCCCCAGAGAUCCAGCCUGUCUCCACUGUGCUACUGUCAACUUCCCCAGAGAUCCAGCCUGACUCCACUGUGCUACUGUCAACAUCCCCAGAGAUCCAGCCUGUCUCCACUAUGCUACUGUCAACUUCCUCAGAGAUCCAGCCUGACUCCACUCUGCUACUGUCAACUUCCACAGAGAUCCAGCCUGACUCCACUGUGCUACUGUCAACUUCCCCAGAGAUCCAGCCUGACUCCACUGUGCUACUGUCAACUUCCCCAGAGAUCCAGCCUGUCUCCACUAUGCUACUAUCAACUUCCCCAGAGAUCCAUCCUGUCUCCACUGUGCUACUGUCAACUUCCCCAGAGAUCCAGCCUGUCUCCACUAUGCUACUAUCAACUUCCCCAGAGAUCCAUCCUGUCUCCACUAUACUACUGUCAACUUCCCCAGAGAUCCAUCCUGUCUCCACUAUACUACUGUCAACUUCCCCAGAGAUCCAUCCUGUCUCCACUAUGCUACUAUCAACUUCCCCAGAGAUCCAGCCUGACUCCACUCUGCUACUAUCAACUUCCACAGAGAUCCAGGCUGUCUCCACUAUGCUACUGUCAACUUCCCCAGAGAUCCAGCCUGUCUCCACUAUGUUACUGUCACUGAUCUGCAUGGCACAGCAUGAAUUCACAUCUUUAUGUUUUCAUGUCUUCAUGUUUUCAUGUUGUCAUUUAGUCAUUCAUUUGUGUUUUUAAUUCAUUCAUUUAUUUGAUCAAUAAUUUCUUAAUUUGUUCAUAUAUUCAUUUAAUAAUUUAUUAAUUUGUUUGUUCAUUCAUUCACAUUUUUAUUCAACAUUUUCAUUGUUUAUUUGUUCUCGUUCAUUCAUCAUUCGUUAGUUCAAUCAUCUGUUCAUCAUUAUCAUUACAUCAUUAUUUUGUUUGUUUGUGGGUCGUUACGUCUGUACAUCCAUUCAUUCAUUCAUUCAUUCAUUGUUUCUACUGUGAAUGUAACACUGACUUGAACAAACAGAGACAGUUUGUAGCUUUUAGGAACCUUUGAUUAUUCAGUGUUUUUUACUCCACUUGAUGGGAAAUGAGACUCUGUGUAUUUAUCAAUAAAGCACCAAUAUAUUUA